CGACGUCAACCCGGCCGCUCAGCUCGUCUGUGGUGGCCAGCAGAGCGAGAGCACGUCCGCAUAUCCAUCUUGAUCCGUCGACCAAGGAGAUACACAUUACAGCGCGUACGACCAUGGCGUCGUCGUCCAGGGCUCCGGCGAUGAUGGUGGUCGUCGCGGCCGUGAUCAUGGCGGCGGCACACCUCGCGAGCGGCAGCGGCUAUGACAGUGCUGCGGCGGCGCCUUUCACCAAGUCGGACUGGCAAGACGGCAGCGCCACCUUCUACGGCCAAGACUCCGGCCUUGGCGCAGACUUCGGCGGCGCGUGCGGCUACGGCGCCAACGACAUCCUGUCGCUCUACUCGACGCGCACGGCGGCGCUGAGCACGCCGCUGUUCGCGAGCGGCGCCGGGUGCGGGCAGUGCUACGAGCUGCGGUGCGUCAGCUCCCGGUGGUGCAACCCGGGUUCGCCGUCCGUCGUCGUCACCGGCACCAACCUCUGCCCGCCCAACUGGAACCUCCCCAGCGACAACGGCGGCUGGUGCAACCCGCCGCGGAGGCACUUCGACAUGGCGCCGCCGUCCUUCCUCAUCCUCGCGCAGCGCGUGGCGGGCAUCGUCCCCGUGCAGUUCCGCCGCGUCCCGUGCCAGCGCUCCGGCGGGGUCAGGUUCUACGUGCAGGGCAACUACUACUGGCUCCUGCUCUACGUCAUGAACGUCGGCGGCAGCGGCGACGUCGGCGACCUCGCCGUCAAGAGGGCCGGCGAGCCGGACUGCAACUACGUGCCCGCGUCGCGCAACUGGGGCAUCACGUACCAGGUGUUCGCCGCGCUCGGCAACAGCAAGGGCCUCGUCGUCAGGAUGACCACCUACAGCUUGCCGCGGAAGAUCAUCGUCGUCGACGACGCCAUCACCGCCGGGUGGUGCACUGGACUCUCCUACCAGGGAUCCAACAACUUCUAUUGAUUAUCGAUCAUAUUCCUUCUUAAUUUGUUUCACUUGUUUUUCGUGCAUGAUGGAUCGAUAUGCCUGCAUACAUGAUCCUUGUACAUCAAUUUCAGUUGUUUUUUCGUUUCCUGGAUGCUCUCGCUUUAAUUUUGUUUUGGAUUCAUAGCUAGGAUCUAUCUAUCUAUAUAUGCUGCUAAUUGGUCUUAUUCAGUUCGAAUUGAGUA